AUGCGCAUCGCAACGUAUAACCUCCGGUUCGACUCCAUGCCGGACAAUAUCACCGUGCAGCAGUCCCUCGCGUCGCUGCCCGAUCCCUUGCAGCAGAUCUCGUACUAUGGCAAGACAGGCGAGCAGCCGUGGAGCGCCCGCCGCAUCAAGGUGUUUGAGCAUCUCGAGAGCGCGGGCGUUGUCCUGGCUGGGUUCCAGGAGGCGCUGGUCCGACAGGUCACUGACCUCGCGGAACUGCUUGGGGACGGCUGGGGAUGGGUCGGCGUCGGUCGUGAUGAUGGAGUCGCAGCCGGAGAGUUCAGUCCCAUAUUCUACAAGAAAUCGGACGUUACUCUUGUCUCUAACGACACCUUCUGGCUUUCGAAUACUCCCGACGUGCCGUCCUUCUUCCCAGGUGCUGGCUCGAGGCGGAUCUGUACCGCCACGCAACUCAUUCUGAAGACCGAUGCUGGUCGCGCCAUCCAUUUCACCUACCUGAACACCCACCUCGACGACCAGUCUGACGGCCAACGUCGCCUCGGCGCAUCCAUGAUCCUCGCACGUGCGCGGUUUGAGGCCUUCAAGACGGGCGGGCCGGUCAUCGUCACCGGUGACUUCAACAGCCCUGCCACGGGUACCGACUCCGGCGCAUACCAGAUCAUCACGGGCGAGCUGCCGCCCGUGGCGAUCAACCAGACGUUCGCGGAAAAGUACGCCGUGCCAGCGGGCGCGCUGCCGAACUUCACGAUGGUCGACCUCAAGGGGCAAGCCCCGCGCUCCGCCGUGUCCGGCAACUACGCGACGUACACCGGCUUCAACGCACCUGGUGACGCGUCGGUCUACACCCGCAUCGACUUCGUCUUCGGAGGCAGUAACGGCAAGUGGACUUCGGACGCGCACCAUGUCGGCUGGUCGCUCACGGACGACGGUGUGCUUGCGAGUGACCACCGCCCCGUCUUCCAGGAUGUCACGUUGCACUGA